UAGCCCACCACCGUCGGCACCUCACCACAGGAAAGAAGACAGGCCACACUGAUUGCAGAUGCAAGGUCAGCUACUGAAUCCCUGCCAUCGGUCAGUCAGUCAGACAGUGGGCUGUCGGAGUGUCGCUGUUUACGACGACGUUUAGUCGCGUGCCACUCUGGCUGAAUGAAGAGUGGAUGGUGAACACAUGUGAUGCAAUGGCUGAAAGCUAUGCUUGAUAUCACCUAGGCCAGGGUGCUUCGUUCUCUCGGAAAGAACAAUCACCCCUACCAUUUGUCCGUGAUUUGUUUCGUUGCCAAAUUUAUUCUGUUGGUGUUUUGUGAGCGUUUCGGCCAUCGGCGAGAAAGCAAGGGUCGCUAGAAAAAUGUGCCUCUUACGCCGCAGCGGUCUGUUGGUACUACUAAUGGUCUCGUCUGUCUGGAAUUCGGAAGCGGAGGUGAGCACUGCAGAUGUGGGCACGACUAAGCAAUACAAACUGCUGCUGCUAACGAUAGCAACGAGUCCAACAGAUGGAUACACACGCUUUGCUCGAUCAUGUCAACACCAUGGAGUGCAGUUUGAGGCUAUUGGUAUGGGUGAGGAAUGGAGAGGUGGAGAUAUGCUCGUUUCAACCGGAGGUGGUCAGAAGAUUGGCCUGCUAACCAAGGCUGCCGAGAAAUACAAAGAUGAGCAGGACUUGAUUCUUAUGUACACAGACAGCUAUGAUGUGAUCAUCAACUCGGACCCCGCUGAAAUCAUCCAAAAGUUCAUGGACUUCAACGCAAACAUGGUGUUCGCUGCCGAAGGAUUUUGCUGGCCCGACGAGUCCCUAGCUACAAAGUACCCCCGUGUUGCGAUGGGAAAACGUUAUCUUAACUCUGGAGGAUUCAUGGGCUAUGCACCUAAGUUCUACUCUGUGGUGUCACACAAGGAAGUCAGUGACACUUACGAUGAUCAGCUCUACUAUACUCUGCAGUAUCUAGAUGCCGCCAGAAGAAAAGAGAUCGGUAUGCGAUUGGAUCAUCGCUCACACAUUUUCCAAAACCUGAAUGGUGCAACAGACGAUCUUGAAAUCAACUUUACACAAGAAGGAGCUGCAUUCCUUGUCAACAGCAUGUACUCAACCACACCAUCUGUGGUACAUGGCAAUGGGCCAUUGUCCAUGAAGGAUACGCUGAAUCGCUAUGGGAAUUACCUGGCUGGAUCUUGGUCCAACACAGAAGGUUGUCUGGCAUGCAAGGAGAUUGAGUUCACCCUGAAGAAAGCCUACGAUGACGAUCAUCCACUUGUGCUCGUUGCACUGUUCGUCGACCAGCCUGUUCCCUUCUUCCACAAAUUCCUUCAGCGGAUUGAGCGCCAGUUCUAUCCGAAGAGCCGCUUGGCAAUCUUCUUGCACGUUAACUUUCUGGCAAAGUACCACUCAUCUGCUGCUGCUGAGUGGAUAAAGAGCAUCAAGGCAUUGGAGCAGCCGUACUUCAGUGUAACGUUCGAUGAUGGCAGUUUUGACGAGACAGGUACCAGCCAAGAUGCCCGGGGUCGUGCUCUGAAAGAAUGUCAAACAAUCAAUUGCUCUUUCUACUUCUCAGUGGAUGCUGAUGUCAUGCUCACCAACCGACUGGUUCUGAAGCGCUUGGUAGAGCAAAACCGAACAAUCCUUGCACCACUUCUUUCCAAGCCGGAAAAGCUGUGGUCAAAUUUCUGGGGUGCGAUAUCCUCGACUGGUUACUACGAACGGUCUGAGGACUACCUUGCCAUUGUGAAUGGUGAGCGAAGAGGAACGUGGGUUGUUCCCCAUAUCUCGCAUGCCUACCUUGUCCGUCGUGACGUAAUUGAUCAAGGAACCAUCGUCUACCCAGUUGUUCCAGGUGUUGACAAAGACAUGGCAUUUUCAUCACGUCUAAGACGACAGGGCACAUUCAUGUAUGUGACGAACAAAGAAAUGACCACCUGGGGACACCUGUCUGAGCUGUCAUCAUUCACCACAAAACACCUACACAAUGAUAUGUAUCAAAUCACUGACAACAAGUGGGACUGGGAAGAGGAGUACCUGCAUCCGAAUUAUUCGCGAAAUCUCAACACGAGCAUCCCACUAAAUGAGCCUUGCCCUGAUGUUUAUUGGUAUCCAUUAGUCACAGAGAAGUUGGCCAGGGAGAUGAUUGAAGAAGUUGAGCACCUUGGCGAAUGGUCUGGCGGAAGUCAUGAGGACAAACGGAUCUCGGGUGGCUAUGAAAAUGUACCCACUGAUGACAUCCAUAUGACACAGAUUAACUUCCAGCAGCAGUAUUUGGACUUGAUCAAGAGGUACAUUCUUCCUGUGCAACUACGUGCCUAUCCAGGUCACUAUGCUGAGGGCAAAGCAAUGCUCAACUUUGUGGUCAAGUACCAACCAGACAGACAGCCUGUUCUUCGUCCACAUCACGAUUCAUCGACUUUCACAACUAACGUGUGCCUGAACCGACCCCACAUUGACUACCAGGGAGGUGGCUGUAGAUUCCUGCGCUACAACUGCUCUGUUGUCGACAACAAGGUUGGCUGGACCAUCAUGCAUCCCGGCAGGCUCACUCAUUACCACGAGGGCUUGAGGACGACUGGUGGCACGCGCUACAUCCUCGUUUCGUUCAUUGACCCAUGAUUGAUCUUGCACACCUCCAGCUCACGUCAGUGUGCUGGUAGUCUGCGAUACAGAAGAGCACUAUCUUCCUACCGCUGAAGUACGUAUUCUUACGUUGAUUGACCAAUACUGGACCACCAGUUUAUGCUAACAGGUUGAUGUAUCAGCUCAUGUCAUUGCCGACUGCUUGUGAUGAUGGUCUUGUCAAUUGGCGUCAGCGCUGCUCUCCACUGCAUGGACCAUCGCAUCCCAGCGUCCCCUGGGCACUAUUGAAAUUAUCCGUUUAUCUGCCUACUAUUCAAGUUAUCCCUAUUUUCAAUGUUGGAUCUGUGCACUAUUUAGUAUCAAACCGCAUAAUAUACUUAUCAGUUUGCCGCUUCUGUUGUAUUGCCCCCCACUCGAUCCCAUCAUGCUUACUAAUUUUCAGCUGAACAAAAUGGAAAAUUCCUGAGGUUCACCAUUGCCUCUUACGAUCAUGCUGAGGUUGAUGCUAGUACGGUAAAUCCAUGUUGCUGUUGUUGAUUACACUGCUACAGAACAGCUGCUAUAACACAAUACAGCUGUUCUGAAAGAGUCUUUUGCUGCUGUUGCCAGUUUUGCUUCUCUUUUCGUUGCUCAGUACUGUCACUCUGCUUGGCUGCAUGGAUUUGCUCGGCUGGCUGAAUUGUUACCAACUUACCAUAUGCCACCAUCACUGCAGCAGUAUCUGCUGGAAAGUUCAUACCUGCUUGCCACCUGCCUAUGGUUUUGUCCGCUGUAUUGCGGGCCAUGUU